AUGAGCGAAAGAGAACCCUGGCAGCGUAAUUACGACGAGGAGGCGGCCGAAGAAGAGGUUGAUGAGGCUGCAGAUCGGGACAGCCCCCUCAUAGCGGCCUUGAAAUGCGCCUAUCACCUGAUGCAGCAGCGCAUCAUAUCUAACCCCAAGGACAUGAUGGGUGUCUUGCUAUUUGGUACUGAGAAGGCCAAAUUCCAGAAUGAAGGGGAUGAUAAGCACGCGCCGGUCUACCCUCACUGCUAUCUAUUCACUGAUUUAGACAUCCCGUCUGCUGAAGAUGUCAAGUCCUUGAAGUCACUUGUCGAGGACGACAAUGACGAGGACAACAUUCUUGUUCCGAGCAAAGAUCCGGCUGCCAUGGCCAAUGUUCUCUUCUGCGCUAAUCAGAUCUUCACCACCAAAGCCGCCAAUUUUGGGAGUCGGAGGCUCUUCGUCCUAACUGAUAAUGAUAAUCCCCAUUCGGCCGACAAGCAGGCCAAAUCUGCUGCGGCUGUGAGGGCCAAGGAUCUGUAUGACUUGGGUGUGGUCAUAGAGCUGUUUCCAAUUACACGUGAAGAACGAGAUUUCGAUAUGGGCAAGUUCUAUGAUGAUAUCAUGUAUAGGGACUCCGCCGCCGAAGCGAACAUGUCGGACGUCCUCACUUCAAAAUCUGGUGGUGGCUUGAGCCUCCUGAACUCGCUGAUCGCAAACAUCAAUUCGAAGCAGACCGCGAAGCGAGCGCUCUUUUCGGGGGUUGCUUUCGAGAUUGCGCCGGGCCUGACGAUAUCGGUCAAAGGGUACAAUGUAAUGAACCGCCAGAAGGAGGAGCGCAGCUGCUACAUCUGGCUAGAUGGCGAAACUCCUCAGCUAGUAACUGGAGAGACGACCAAAGUGUCCGAAGAUACCGCCAGGACAGCGUACAAGUUUGGCGGCGAGUACGUCUACUUCACUCCGGAGGAGCAAAAGUCUCUCAAAGACUUUGGCCCCAGCACCAUCCGCAUCCUCGGGUUCAAACCUCAGUCUAGCCUCCCGUUCUGGGCUAGCGUGCACAAGUCAUCCUUCAUAUUCCCUAGCGAAGAGCACUACGUAGGCUCUACCCGCGUCUUCACAGCCCUGUGGAAGAAGCUGUUGGCCGAUGACAAGAUGGCGAUCGCGUGGGCCAUCACCCGGUCCAACGCCAAACCGACCCUCGUGGCCAUUAUACCCUCACGGGGCCGAUCAGAAGAAGACUCUGGUCCCCAAUCCCUUCCAGCCGGCCUUUGGCUCUAUCCCCUGCCCUUUGUCGACGACAUCCGGAACCCGCCAGAUAUGCCCGAUCCCGUCCAGGCUUCGGAUGCGCUGGUGGAUAAGAUGCAAAUCAUCGCCGAAAACUUGUGGCUUCCCAACAGGGCGUACAACCCGUCCAAAUACCCCAAUCCCCAAUUACAAUGGCACUACAAGAUUUUACAGGCCUUGGCCCUCCAAGAAGAGGUCCCCGAGACGCCCGAGGAUCUUACCGUGCCCAAGUACAACGCGAUUGCGAAGCGAGUGGGCGGUCAUAUCCGAGACUGGCAAGCGCUCGUGGAUGAAGAGCUUUCCCAUGUGCGGAAACAGGGCUCCUUGAAGCGUGAGGCUGGGGAUGAGGAGGGUGGAAAGCCGAAGAAGCGCACCAAGGCCGAGAGCAAGCCAGCAGGCUCCGGGCUGAGUGAUGCGCAAAUCAAGGCGGCCAAUGACUCUGGCGGUCUAUCCAAGAUGACGGUUGCGGAGCUCAAGGAUGUCCUUGCCUGCAGGGAUCUGGUUGAGAGAUUGGAGGAGUGGGCCGAUAGGAGCUGA